AUGAGCAACUCUUUCGCAAGUUUGUUUAAGUCACGAAUUCUUCAUGUUGAUCUGACAGGACAUAAGGAUAGCGGUUCCAGGGCCCCGGAACUGGCGAACGAGAGUGCAAUAAUCGAACGAUCUCGGCCCCAUUCUAAUAGCUCCAACGCUCUCAAUGCUAUAAAAGAGGAAGAACGAUCUGUUUCAGGGUCCAGCUGCUCCGAUUGCAAUUCCAAAGAGGGCUCCGGUUUCGGCCAAACAGUGCCAAAGAGCGGUAAGCUGCGGAACUUAAAAGACCGAAUUACUAGCUUUCCGGACUUGAAAUUUCGCUCUUUUUCAAGCUUGUCUAGCAUGGGGCAAUCAAGUUCUAGCGUAUCGUCGACAUCUGAUGUCCAAGGUCUCUCCUCCGCAAGCGGUAGUGUUAUACUGACGACUGGCCCUGUCUCCAAUAGCGCUAACAAACUGCCGUCGUCAACCUCCAGUUCAACGCCGGACAGGUCGCCCAUAAUCUCUGUUACCUGCGAAAAGAAAUGCAACGCGAGAAAAGAGUCUGUCAAGCAGUCCCGGCAUAGUGCUUCAGAAAAGCGACUAAGUGGCAGCAGUAUUACUCGCACUAAUACCGGAUCCUCCAGCACGUCAUUAAACCGGAAUGUACCUAAGUCAAAGCAUAGGGUUAGUCUUAUAAGGUCCAACUCCGACAAUAAUCAGCGCAGAAGCCUAGGUGUUGAUAAACAUGUCUCAGAAAGCACCUUUGUUCAAGGGUGCGACACUGGCCUGCUAAAUUUCGCACAAAAAAGACAACGAAGUCGAACAGUGGGUGCCUCUGAUUUCGAAAACAAGAGUAACUCUCCGACACAGUCACUGAGAAAUUUGAAGGUAAGGACAGAUAUAAAUAAUGACAAAAGCCCCUCAAAUGUGAACAGUGAGAAGCUUCCAUCGAAUACAAAUUUUCUAUUACCACCAUCAGGCCCUACUCACGCAAGGCAAUCGAGCUCUUCUAGACAGUCUACUACUAGCUCCAGAAGAAGUAGCUCCCUCGUCAAUGCUCUUAGUAAUCUAGUGACAAUGAGAUCUGCAAGCGUUUCAAGCCGCACUUCGUCGUAUAAGGCUGCCGUUGCGUUUGAGGACCUCCCCACCCCACCGGCACCAGAGCUAGAGGAAACUGUAGAACAAUACCUGAGAAAUAUUUCCAACUUUGGCAAUUACCUAGCAAUUGUUUUGACUGAGAGAAAUGAUGAGUUUAAAGAUCUGUGCCUCACUGAGUUUUUGAGAAAGGAAUUUGAUUUUGCCAUGGAGCCUUUGGAUAUAUCGUUACGAAAGCUACUCUUAUUUUUAGAGUUACCAAAGGAGAGCCAACAAAUUGAUAGAGUGCUUUCAGCGUUUAGCAGGGUCUACCUUGAGCAAACUAAGAGCAUAUGUGUUUGGAAUAAGGAUGAGGAGGUGCUUUCUAUGUCAUUCUCUUUGUUAAUGCUACACACCGAUCACUUUAACGCCAACAAUAAAAUUAAAAUGACGAAGCAAGAGUUUGUUAAAUUGAUGCGAACUGAGGAUGAUUCCAAAGUAGCACAAACACCAAAAGAGAUCCUGGAGUACUUUUAUGACAACAUAACUGCUCGCGAGUUCUCAAAAAAUAUAGUCUUGGAUCAAAAUUUCUACGGCAACGGUGAAGGUGAGGAUGAUUAUGAGUACGCUACUAGCACGGAUGCAGAAUAUUCUCCAAAAAGGCUUAUAAAGGAAAAGAAGUUGGUUCUUCGGUCUGGUACCAGUACAUCUUCAUUCACCAAAUACGACAGCGUGCAAACAGUCACUUAUUUUGGGCUUAAUAGCUCCGGCCUACAGAUCAGAACCUCGUCACUGAGAGGGGAUUGUCUUGACAUCUAUCAUCAAAUUGCUUCGGAUAACAUCCAGUCAUGUACAAUAGGAGCCGAAGUUCUGCUACCGAGUUUCGAAAAGAUUUCCGUUCCAGUUUCGCUUGACUGUCAACAUUUAAAGUAUCUGUCAAUAAUGAAAGAGACCAAAGGUGGAUAUUUGCUGCUGCGUAAAUCUGUUCUAGAAUCAAUUCCUGAUAUGCCACUAGAUGUUUUGGAGCCUCCAGUGGGGCAAAUUGAAAACCGGUACUUGAAGAUCAUUCAAAUGGGGUGUAUUGAGGAACGGAUAACCAACCGUAAAUUCUCGCUCGUCGGAAACGUCAGUCGACAAUGCUGGAAGCGAUAUUUUGGCGUAUUGACAACGUCCUGCCUAUUGCUCUUCAGUAACAUGGAUUGGGUCGAGCCACGGCUUGCUGUAGACAAGACAACGGGAACCUCAAACUAUAUUAUUGACUGUCCUUCAUCAACGGAUUUGGCAAGAAAUCUUGGUUCUAGUGGGCUUUUCGCCAUGCGCGUAGCGGAAACUGGUGGACAAGAUUGUUCAGCAGACGAAUCGCCCGAAGACUGCCAUAGUGCUGGACAUUGGGCAAUGUACAUUUACAGCAGAAGCAAAAGGCUUAUUUUUGCAUGCCCAAAUAAGCAGGAUCGUGACAACUGGAUUGACGCCAUUAAUGUUGUUGCGGCAACCGAUAGUUGCUCCAUAAAUAUGAAUGCAAUUCCAGGUACUGCCGUGACCCCGCGUAAGUUCAGUGUUAACGAAAAGCUCAGAAAGCUUAAAACAACGCGAGUCCCAAGAGAAGAAAAGUUCCGAAGAACUAAUGCAUUACUUCAAUAUGUGAAAUGCUUAGUCCCUCUAAAUGCCAAAAUUAAGGCAGCAGUUGUUGAUUACCUCAAGUUGCUAGAACGACGUUUGCAAUGGAUUCAAUACGAAUCUUGCAGAAACGAAGUAUUUUCGCAAGUCUUGCUGAUGGUAGCUGACAGUGCUCACGACGCAGAAGACGAGAAGGACCUCGGCGAUUCAAUCGAUCAGAGUUUCAUCUUUGAUGACAGCUUGAUACCUUGUAAUACGGAUUCAUCGUCGGACCCACUGCGAAAAGCAAGUUCCACCGACGGUGACAUCUUGGCAAGCUUGCGGAAUUAG